AUUACUUAUCAAUUUUUCCAUUGGAGGAAGGGAACACCCUUUGCUGAAGAUCAGGGUAUAUACAAUAAUUUGACAUGGUGGGAACAAAUAGAUAAUGGCAAGCAACUUACACGUAAUAGGAAGUUUUUGACUGUCGUGCCUGUUGUCCUGUACUUGAUAGCUUCGCACACGACCGACUACCAACAACCGAUGCUCUUUCUGAAUACCGUUGCAGUGAUCGUAUUGGUCAUCGCCAAAUUCCCAAACAUGCACAAAGUUCGCAUCUUCGGAAUCAAUGCAGAUCGUUGAUCGGUGGAUCUUUCUACUUCCAGAAACCCUAAGAGAGAGGAGGUUAGUGUGGUGUUCUAAACAUUAUGGCCACGUUGCAUGGUUUCCAUUGUACAGGACUGCAUGUUGUAGAAACUAAUAAUGUUGGUGUGAUGCUGUGUUAUAGCUUUUAGAGCAAAAGAAUGUGUAGACUUCUUAAAGUGUUUCGGGUCUUGUUAUAUUCUGCGUCGUGUAUAGUUCUUAGGGUUUUUUUUUGAGGCUUGUGGUGUAUAAUCUUUUACUGUCCUUAACUAUGGUUUGUGUGUCUAAGUCUCAGUUAUAUAUCUCAGUAAGUAGUGUUUGUAGCAACUUACAUGAUAUCAGCAUACUUAUCUUAUUGUAUUUGGGAUUCU